UUCAUUGGUAUGGAAAUAAGCUUCAAGUCUAGGAAGAUUACUGUUUUUGAUUGUCGAACUCAUGAGAGUAAAAGUGACUUGGUGGAAACUCAUGUUAAGCCAAUUGCAGAGAUGAUAUCUUAUCUCUUAGGCACUGAAAGAAACAGAGGAACACUUGAUCUGUCUCCAUUUAAAGUCUUAUGCCCUAAGAAGUUCUUUCGUCGCAUUAAGAGUGAAGCAAACUGUGGAUUAUUCAUCCUCAAAAUGGUGGAAUGCCACUCAAUGGGCGUAGAAGAGAUGAUGAGUAAGCUUCAAGAAGAGGUUUCAGAAGAUAUUAGAGCCAAGUUAUGUUUUGAUAUCUAUCAUGAUAUCAUUCUUAAGAAGAUUGAGAUGUUUAGAGGUUGAUUUUUUGUUUUCAGAUGGUAGACUUUUCUUUGGAUUUAUAAGUUUACAAUGGAUUUAUUGGAAUCAUAUGUUGUG